UUUGUGUAUGCUAGGUGAACUUGCUGAUGUGCUACAUCUGUAAAAGGGCAGAAAAAUACCAUCAAUACAGCGUUUUAUCAAUACAUAACAAUAUAUAUCUUUUUUUAUUUAUUUAAAUCUUUAAGUUUACCAAUUCUGUAUUCAACUGGCUAAACAAAUUUCCAAACAAAAUCAAACGUCUUGCAAAUAUCACAUAUGCCCCAAUUGUAGCUCAGCAUCAGCGACGAGGGUUACUGUAAAAUGGAAACUGUUUUUGUGUGUUGUUGUCGAGCGUGAAGUGUGCAAUUAGACAACUGAAUUUGUUUAAAUGUGACGAGAAACGAGAAAAGAUAAACAACAAGGCAGGCGAAGCCGAGCGAAUCGAUUUCAAAACAAUAAAAAGCUGCUAAAUAAACUUUCCUGUCGCUCGCAAAUCCGGAAAUAGGGAAUUUCGAAAAGUGCCACUAUAUACAUAUAUAUAUAUAUAUGUACAUAUAUUAAUAUAUAUAUGUAAGAGAGCGUGCGAAAACAGAAACCCAAACAACGGAUAAGGAGAGACGAGUGGCGGGGUCCGGAGAAAAGGAAAAGCCAAGCACAUACAUACAUUUAUUUUGGCCACUUUUCCAAGCCAGCUGGGAAAAGGCGGUGAAAUUGGGACUUUCGGCGGUCCAAAGAGCUCAGCUGCAGGAAUAAGCUGACGAAACGGAAACCUUGAGACACCGACUCUCACGCACACCAGCGAACGUCAACUUAAGCACGCACACACACACACAUAUAACCACGCAAGAGAAGGACAAGCAGGGACUUCAACAUGAGUUCGCAAUACUCAAAUGUGGAGAACCUGUCGCCGCAGACGAUAAGGCAGGUGAUGCGGGAGCUCCAGGAAAUGGAGACCACGCCACCCGAGGGCAUCAAAGUGCUAAUCAAUGAGAGUGAUGUGACGGAUAUUCAGGCGCUGAUCGACGGACCUGCUGGCACUCCGUACGCCUCUGGAGUUUUCCGCGUUAAACUGACGCUGAACAAGGACUUCCCGCAAACGCCGCCAAAGGCGUACUUCCUCACUAAGAUCUUUCACCCGAAUGUCGCCGCCAAUGGGGAGAUCUGUGUGAACACACUGAAGAAGGACUGGAAGCCGGACUUGGGCAUCAAGCACAUUCUGCUCACCAUCAAAUGCCUGCUGAUUGUCCCGAAUCCAGAAUCGGCGCUUAAUGAGGAAGCCGGCAAGAUGCUUUUGGAGCGUUACGACGAUUACUCUCAGCGGGCGCGCAUGAUGACGGAGAUCCAUGCUCAGCCCGCCAAAUGCGGUGCAGGCGCUGCUGGCGAAGCCAAAGACGACGAUGGACCAUCGACGAAGAAGCACGCAGGCCUGGACAAGAAGCUGCAGGACAAGAAGAAGGAGAAGUUGCUCAAGGAGAAAAAGCGCAUGCUGAAGAGAUUAUGAGAGGCAUAAGGCGGAGUUCCAUGGACUAGCUAAUCAACCAUGAGCGGUAAGCAGUAGCAGGAGGAAAACGUCGGAUGGUUAGAUGAUAAGGAAUGGAUGAGUGCGAGCGUUACACCCCACAACCACUAGAAUGGCGGCAGGAUCGAAGCUAGCAUGGUGGAAUUAGAGGAGCAGGCGCGCUAUGAAAUUUUACACUGAUCUGAAACAAAACAAAAAAUCACAAAAAAAAAAAAAAGAAAAGAAAAGAAAAGAAGAAAAUUGAGCAACUGAGGAAAUGGGAGUCAACGAUGGAAACCCAGAUAAGAAAACCACAUCAUUUGAAGGCUAAUAUCGGAAAUGGAAGUUAAAGCUGCAAAAUUUUGGGUAGAACGAGAGAGAGAAAGAACCACUCCAAAGAAAUGUGCAUCCAGUUACCAUAUACGAUUAUUUAAACCACAUUUUUUGGUGACAGCCACCUGUCAACCGAGCCUAGAAUGUAGAAACAAACAAACAAAAACCAACCAAGAGAAAUGGGGAAUGCUAUCAUCUCCUAAGUAAUUUAUGUAGUUCUCUUUUUUCUUAACGCUCCUGAGCUAUUCUAGCAUAAUUUAUGUAAUUAGAUUAAAGAAAAAUAAGGAGAACAUUAUCGCCUCAUACAUGCCACAACCCCCACACCCACCCAAAUCUCUCUUAAAAAACAUCACCAACAUUACCUUAAUGAGCAUUAUUAUCGUUCACCUGGGUUCUGUCUAUACAUUGGUCAAUAAUCCAAUCGUCUGGCCAAUGUAUGGACACCACCUUCAUAUUUAAACUUACUCCACCAAACUUUUUUUUUUGUGUCUUUUUUAAAAUUGUAUUCAUUUAGUUAUAAAUUUAAUAAAUUUCGAUUCGUUACAUUCAAUUGUCCUGCCUAGGUUUAAGAUACAUACAAAAAGAAAACAACCACGCAUCCAACAAACAAACACACAAAAAAUACAUAAAACUAUUAUUGAAAAAGAAAUACAAAACAAAAGCUGUAAAAGAUCGAUUGCACAUUCUGUAGAGAUUUAGUUUUAAGUACUUGUAAAACUCCAAAACACUCGACUCGACGCCGAACGGAUUGGAAUGGAGCGGAAAGUAUUGGAAAGGCACGGUGAUAAGUGCUUGGGAAUCCUCGUCCUUUUUCGUUCUAUAUAUCGCUAUAUCUUUCACGCCUGCUGCUCUCUCUCUCUCUCACUCCUUUCGUUCGAACAUCCUUUUCAAGCUUAAACCACAAACACAAAUCGAGGGCGAUAAGUAAAAAAAAGCAAUAAAAAAGAAUAAAAUUCCAAGAAAUAUUUAAAAA